CAGGAAAUCCACGGAGGUUGAGUUUUAUGCUUCUGCUGUUUAAGAACUAUCUUCAGAGGUUUUGUGAAGCUGGAAGGAUCGAAAGCCAGUCUUACAGAUUUUCUGCGUGAAGAAUAUGAUGACUCUUGGUAGUGUGAACUGUUGAUACAGGUGACGCCCAAAGAUACAAGAGAACAUGUUCCGACUGUUGACGUUAACUGUGGUGAUCUAUGAAAUUCUGCUGUUCGGAGGCAUGCAAGGUUGGGUCUACCAUCACCACGAUAUUACCAUGGUGUGGGAAAAUGCUAGGAACUACUGUAAAGAACAUUACACUGACAUGGUGGCAAUACAGAAUAUGGAAGAAAACAAGUACCUGAUGGAAUAUUUGCCAAAGGGAUACGCACAAGUCUGGAUUGGUUUGAGGAUGAUAAACAACAGCUGGACCUGGAUUGGAACGAACCGGAAACUGGAGAAUGUGUUUAUGAACUGGGCUCCUGGAGAACCAAGCAAUGGAAAGAAUAACGAAGACUGUGUCGGGAUGUAUAUCCAGGCGGCAGCAGUUUCAGGAAAGUGGAGCGAUGAACCUUGCAUGAAUAUGAAAAGACCACUGUGUUUCCAAGCUUCAUGCACUCCAGACUCUUGCAAUGGUCAUGGUGAAUGUGUGGAAACAAUUGGUGCAUUUACAUGUGCUUGUAACGAAGGAUUCUAUGGAGUUCGAUGUGAACAAGUUCUUAAGUGCCUCAGACUGGAGGCUCGUGAUCCAGUAAUUAUGAACUGUUCUCAUCCUUACAAAAAUUUCAGCUACAACUCUACGUGUGACUUUAGCUGUGCAGAAGGAUUUCAGUUACAUGGAGAAAGAAGGGUGCAAUGCACAGCUUCUGCAGAGUGGACUAAACACAUACCUGAGUGCAAAGCUGUCAGUUGCAAAAGAUUGGUGUUUUCUCGAAAGGAUCACAUGAAUUGCUUUCAUCCACAUGGAUCAUUCAGAUACAAUACAACCUGCACCUUUGGCUGUAGAGAAGGUUAUGCGCUGAAAGGACCAGAGAGCAUCCAAUGUUUAGCGUCUGGACAAUGGACAGAUCGUCUCGCCCGUUGCACAGUCCAACAAUGUGAAACCUUGGUAAUUCCUGAGCACGGCAACAUGAGUUGCAUUCAUCCCAUUGCAGAGUUCAAAUACAACUCAGCGUGUGACUUUAGCUGCUCUGAAGGAUUUGCAUUAAAUGGACCGAGCAGGCUCCAGUGUAAGGAUCUUGAACAGUGGUCAGCACAAAAUCCGACAUGUGAAGCGGUGAAAUGCAGUGAACUUACGGCCCCGCCUAAUCUCAUCAUGGACUGUUCUGACCCCUUUAGACCUUUUAGUUACAGCUCAAUAUGUGACUUUUCCUGCAAGGAUGGAUUUAACUUGCAGGGGUCAGACAGACUCCAGUGUGACGUUUCUGGGCAAUGGACAUCAAAGAUACCCAUCUGUAAAGCUGUUCAGUGUAUGCCACUGAAUAUUCCUCAUCGAGGUAACAUGAACUGCCAACAUAUGUACGGCAACAACAGUUACAAUGCAACAUGCGUCUUCAGCUGCACCGAGGGGUUUGUACUACACGGGUCCAACGAGCUUCAAUGCCAAUCAUCCAAGCAAUGGACAGCAGAGGUUCCUAGUUGUGAAGCUACAAAUUGCACAACACUGGUGAAUCCUGAGCAAGGGACUGUAAACUGCUCCCAUCCUUUUGGACUCUUCCGUUACAAUGCAACAUGCGACGUCAUCUGUGAAAAGGGGUUUAUAGUAAAUGGAUCAGGCACCGUUCAGUGUGGAGCCUCUGGACAAUGGACACCACAAAUACCCUCCUGUAAAGCCAUGAAAUGUGACAUGCUGAGGAGUCCAGAGAGAGGAAGUUACAACUGCACCCAUCCCAUCGAUUACUUCAGUUACAACUCAUCCUGUGAUUUUAGCUGUGCUGAGGGUUUUACUUUAAUGGGAUCGGACAGACUUGAAUGUAGAACUUCUGGACAAUGGACAGCACCACCACCUACAUGUUCAGUUAUAACCUGCCAGACAAUAACACAGCCAGAACAAGGGAUGAUAAACUGCACCCAUCCCAUUGGAAACUUCAGUUAUAGCUCAACAUGCGGCUUUGGCUGUGCAAAAGGGUUUGUACUGCAGGGAUCAGAUGUGCUUAAGUGUGAAUCCAGUGGACAAUGGACAGCAGAUACUCCCAGCUGUAAAGCUGUAACUUGUCAGACACUGACGCACACUACAAAAGGAGCAAUGAACUGCUCGCAUCCUUUUGGAAACUUCAGUUAUAGCUCAACGUGUGACUUUAGCUGUAUGGAAGGCUUUGCAUUGAACGGGUCAGAAAGGCUCCAGUGUCAAGAUAAUGGGCAAUGGACUGCACAAACCCCCAACUGUGAAGUUAUUAUCUGUGAGAAACUGGUGCAACCUGAACAAGGAACAAUAAACUGUUCCCAUCCCAUUGGAUUCUUUAGCUACAGCUCAACAUGUGAGUUCAGCUGUGCAGAUGGGUUUCUACUGAAUGGGUCAGAUUGGUUACGUUGUCAAUCCACUGGGCAAUGGUCAGCACAAAACCCCAUUUGCAAAGCCAUAAAAUGUCAAGAUCUAAUAAACCUUGAACAAGUGUCAAUGGACUGCUCCAAUCCCAUUGAAGAAUUCAGUUACAACUCAACGUGUUACUUUAGUUGUAUUGAUGGGUUUAUGCUGAAUGGGUCAAAUAGACUCCAGUGUCAAGCUAAUGGACAGUGGACAGCACAGAUUCCAAACUGUGAAGCUAUAAACUGCCGUAUGUUGACAGAGCCAGUAAAAGGGGUAAUGAACUGCUCCCAUCCAAUUAGAGACUUCAGUUAUAGAUCAACAUGUGACUUUAGCUGCUCUAAAGGGUUUAUACUGAAUGGGUCAGACCAGCUCCAGUGUCAAGCCACUGGCCAAUGGACAGCACCAAGCCCCAACUGUAAAGCCAUAAAUUGUCCAGCACUCCUAAACCUUGACCAAGGCUCAAUGAACUGUUCCCAUCCCAUUGACAAAUUCAGUUACAACUCAACAUGUGACUUUAGCUGCACUGAUGGGUUUAUACUGAGAGGGUCAAACAGACUUCAGUGUCGAGCCAAUGGACAGUGGACAGCAGAGAUGCCCGCCUGUAAAGCUGUAAAGUGCAAUGGACUGAGGGUUCCAAAGCAUGGUACCAUGAACUGCACCCAUCCUGUUGGAGACUAUAAUUACCUGUCAGUGUGCGUGUUUGGCUGUGUAGAGGGCUUCAUUUUGAAAGGAAUGGAUGUCAUCAGAUGUACAGAUUCAGGGAAGUGGACAAAUGAAUUGCCACAUUGUGAAGUGGUGAAAUGCCAGGAGCUGAAUACUAACUUGCCCGUGAUUAUGAAUUGUUCACAUCCUCUGGGCAACUUCAGUUACAACUCGGUGUGUGACUUUGAUUGCAUGGAAGGUUUUGUGUUGGAAACUCCUGCGAGACUUCAGUGCAACAAAUCUGGACAGUGGACUGAGGAUAUUCCACUUUGCAACGGUUUUGGAUUUGAGCGUUCAACACAUACAAAUGAUAUUUUGCUUUACGUGGGUGCGAUUGGAGGAGCUGCUGUAUUUGGUCUCAUUAUUGCUAUGACAGUUAUCUGGAUCAGAAGGAAACUGAAGUCGCAAGAGGAUGAUUCAAAAAUGCUAACCUCUAACAGUGUUGAAAUUGCACAAGAUACGUUUGAAAAUCCUGCAUUCGUGAAUAAUUCUGCAGGAUGAACAUGAUUUGAACAAGAUCUGUACAAUUAUACAAUGAACAUAUGGCCAAUGAAUGUUGUACCUUCACCAUGCUCUGUUGUCUUCGUGGCAUUCAGGGAUAUUGCCUCAUUGUCUGACUUUAGAUGUGCUAAACUUCCAUCAUAUUGCCAGGAAAACCGAAGCCGAUCCUUUAGCUCCUGGAAACAUUUGGAUCAUUAGCUUCUUUACAUGAACUACCCAAUUCUCAGAAGAGAAAUGCAAUAACUUGAUGUUCUGUGUGAGAUCCUUACAAAGAUCUAUGCAAUAGAACCUCCAUUUAAUCUGUUCCACCAUGCUUUAAAACUGCGCCUUUAAGUCUAUAUAGCCUUCCCCCAUACUUUCAGCCAAAGACGUUACACGUCUCAGUGAAAUUUCAUCUGCUACCUGUCAGCCAAUGCUGGUAGCCUGUCCAGGGCCUAUACAGUUGACUGGCAUCUUCGCUAUCAUCAACAAGGUUUGAAAUUCUACUCUGUAUUUCAAUAACCAAUUUGGAUACUAGUACAUGCCUCUGUGGAGUCUGAAUAAUGCCAUUUACUAUAAAUAAUUUAAUUUAUCCAUAAGUUACUUUUUUUGUCUAAGCUAACACCAAAUCUUCCUAUUUUGUGAGCCUUAAUUUCAUGUGGUACUUUACCAAAUGCUAUCUCAAGAUCCACCUAAACCACAAAGGGGACAGAUUCAUUCUAACUCUACUGACCACUUCACCAUUACCAGAAGCUCAUUUGUCUAUGCUUCUUCGCAGAGCUUUGGGAGGUUCAAAAAAAUACUGUCUAAAGAUUCUGUAUACUCACUGGCAAGUGAAAUAGAGCAAUAUCAGUAUUCCUCUCCCAGGAAACAUCCCCAGCAUCAAAGCUGUAAAUACAACCAGUUGGGUCCAAUGGACAUGACGACAUCUUUCAUGCGUUCAACACCACAUUUGCAAAUGGGCACUUCCUGAGCUGUCACGCACGAGAUUAUCAGAACAGAGGAAAUGAUGCAAGAAUAUUCCAAACGCUCCUUGAAAAGUCGGUGAAAAUUUCAAACCCAUGACUGCUCAAAAUAAAGAAGCAUCGAUAGCACUGAGCCCCUUGCUUUCCUGAAGCGGAUGUGUGUACAUGUCCAGUGAAGAUAGCAGAAGGAGCACAAUCUCUCUCAUGCUGCCCAAUGAUCCCUCAGGAAAGCAGAUCUUCCACAGACUAGAGUGGAAAUACAUCAUCCUUGAUUACAAGGGACUGCCUGAAAUGAUCACGACGUUCCCUUCCCUAUGACAUUGACUCAUCAAAACAAAAUUAAUAAAUUAAUCAAACACAAUCUAUCUUUGCAGAUCUAUACUGACUCUUUAUUAACUCCAACCAAAUGCCUAUUUGCUUUCCCCAAUUAUUGAUUCUGAAACCUUACCCACCACUGACAUUAAACUAACGGAUCCACAGUCACUAGGAAUUCCUUACGUGGCUGGUUGAUAUCUCCUCCAACCACACCUUCUGAUGCUUUAAAUUGCCACUUCUUACUUUCACUAAUGUCCAUACCGUGUUCCUUUAGUACUUUCUGCUCACCGGCCCUCAUUCUUCAUUCGUUUUGUUAGUUCUCCGCUAAAUUCCUGCCCGGUGGAACUGUACUUUAUUUUCUUCCCAACAUUAAAGUUUUUCUCCAAUAAUGGUUUUGCUUCAUACCUCUCCUGUGCAUUGUUCAUUAUAAAUUUAAUGUAAAAUAGUCAAAGGUUUGCUUUUCUAAGCAAAGAGCAUUUGAAAAUGUAUUUUGUUUAGUGAUUUCUGUAUAUUUGAAUGAUUAAUCAAGUUUUUGCCUUUUUUAUGAGCUUCCUUAUUUUAUUGAGAGUUUGAGAUGUUAAAUCAACAUAACUAUAUAUGCUUUCAAGCAGAUCGUGCAAUGAAAUGUUUACAAUGCCCACAGCAGAUAAGUAACUAAAUGAUCAAUUAAAAUUCAAUCAACAUUGUAAUAUCAAAACAUCACAUAACCAGCUGUUUUUAUGUUCAUAUUUCAUUUUAUCAAUGUUGGUCAUGCGUAUCAUUGUAAUAAAAUGUACCACUGCA